UUUGUUUUUAUGUAAUGUGUUCUUGUGUUAUUGUUGCAAUAGUUUUACUUUUUGCAGAAAAAAAUAAGAAACGUUGUAUUGUUGCUUGGUUGGCCCAAUGAUUGUGUGAUUAAAAGAAAAAAAAAAACCUUUUUAUGGCUGGGAAAAAAUGCUGUUUGCUUGAUUUUAAACAACUAACAAAUGCGCUCCCCCCACUCCUGUUCACAUAACAGUUUCAGGCAAUACUUUUCAUGUUCAUUUGAACACCAAUACAUUGAAUGGAUGGAUUUAAUAUAGAGAAGGCAACAACAAAAUACCAAAUGUGUGGAGUUUGGAGCAGAAAAACAGAUGAAGGAAAAAAACAACAAAACAAAACACAAAGCCAUAAAGCAGUUCAGCAGCUCGCUGUUACUUUUUUUUUCAUACAUCGUCAUCGUCAAACCAAUAGUGCAAUUUGUUUAUGUUGUAACUAACGACGCGCUUGCUCUAUGGUUUGCAAGGCGAGAGCAGCAGCAAGUUAGCUAAGUUAAGACGCUCUGUUUAUUGUGGCUGUUUAUUGUUGUUAUAAUGCUCACGCCAACACGGCGCUGCGCAGUUGCUUUGGCCUAACGCUUUGGCUCUGCAUACGCUUUGAUAUUGUGAGCAAAAAUUUAGCUGUUAGUUGAAGCACGUCAGUAACAGUAACACAGGCAACAACGAACGAAACAACGCGCAAAAUCGGCGGAUCACAAUUAAAGUCCGCCUUAUAAACGACGCUUGUAAAAAAAAAACAAAUAUAAAAAAUUACUUUUUAUAACCAUAAAAUAAAACUCAAAGGAGAAAAAAAAAUAGAUUUCUAAUAACAAUAACAACAACAAAAAACUGUGAAAAUAACAUAGAAAAGAUUUAUUUGCAGUAAUUAAUUUGCCAGACCCACAACAAUACUUUUACUUUAAUUUAUGCUUAUAACCAACUUUAAAAAUGAGCCGUUAUUGAAUGGUUCUAAAAAAACCUCAAAGAAGUAAAUUAUUUGAACUCUCGUUUUACCAAUAAAUUAAAUCAUAUUUAAUCGUUUGAAAAAAGUAGCAGUCAACAGCAAAACCACCAAUAGCCAAUAACUGGAGUACAACAACGACAAUAACAAACGAUUUGAACGACGAAAUAGGACCAACAUCACCACGCAACACAACCAACAGCAGCAGCAGCAGCCGCCAACAGCCGCAGCCCAAUCAACGCCGCCGCCGUCACCACCAACAGCAACAACAACAUCAUCUCCAACAAUGAAGAAUUACUUAACAACAAUUUUUGUAUUUCUAAUAGUUAAUGCUCAAUUGGAUUUGUCCUCUUGCGAUGGAGUUCCUCUACUAACUCAAACCAUAUAUGGAUUUUUGGAUUUUACAACGACCAUUGGUAAUACGGUUAUGGUAUUUUCGCCACAGAGUGCCCCACCGCCAACACCAAACAGUCCUCCUCCACCAGUUACAACCGAGCCACCAAUUUUGAUUAAAACAAAUCCCCUGGAAACUGUGGCGCCCAAGGAGGCUGAUGAAACUACAAUUAACCCAACUAAACUGAAAUCUUCUUCUACCACCACGACAACAUCAAAAUCAAGCCAUAAUGAAGAAAGUACAACAAAACCAAAAGCUACGGAAGUGAAAACAUCAACUACUACGGCAUUGACGACAACAACAUCGACCAAUGUACCGGCAUCACAGGUUAGCGCACAAGAGCCAGCAACAACUACAGCAAAGGCCAAACCUGUUCAGUUGCCCAAAAAACCAACCUCAACAUCUUCGACGUCGCCAACAUCAGCAUCUCCAGCUGCAGCACCAGCAUCAUCAUCAUCACAGCCAUCAAUUGUAAUUGACAAUGUUGUCCAUGAUCCGGAAUAUGAUCUACUUUCACGACAACCACCCCAAUAUGUGGAGGAAAACUAUCGAGUGGUCAGCUUAAGGCCAAAUAAUAAAAAUUCCCGGCCCGCCGUGGUUGUUACACCGGAAAAGAACACUGCCUCUACCAGCAGUGUUUUGGCCACCAGAGUAACGGCCUCAGCCGCUUCCUCCUCCUCCUCAAGUCGGGCACAUAAAAAUAAAAAACACAAAAUAAGGGCUUCCUCAACAUUGCAGGUCUUAAAGACCGCUGCCCCGGUACAACAUCCCAAAGUUACUGCCAGUUCUAAAGCACCAAGCCAUCGCAGCAGCAGCAGCGGCACAUCCAGCUCAAGUUCAAGAAAGAGCAGCAAAAAAGGUUCGCAUCGCACAACCACCACCACCACAACAACACCCCAGCCCAAAGAAGAUGUGGUCAUUGUUAAGUCAUCGUCUUCAUCAUCAUCAUCGAGUUCCCGUAAUAAGCCCAAAAGGAAAAACAAAAACAAACACUCCUCAUCAUCUUCAUCAUCGUCGUCGUCGUCAUCGAGCACAUCCAAACCCAGAUACAGCAGCAGCGGCACCACAACCACCACCACCGAGGCCAGCGUUAAACGGGCAUUUAAACCCAAACUUCAAAUUUCAAAUCCCGAUUUAGAAAGUAACAAUAAUUUACAUAUUACGAAAUUGAAUCGCACCCCCGGUCGUUGGCAAUACAAAACAUCACCAAAGCCACGUGUCUCAAUACGCAAGCCCUCGGUGGAGGUAAACGGUCCAUUGGGUUUGGCCAAUGUCUCGUCAGUGUAUCCGGAACCAAGUCUAAAUGAUAAUUUCCCCAAUAAUAAUUUCCUCAAUGGCAAUGGAAUUUAUAAUCAAAGUGAUUUGGAUUUUGAGGGUUCACAAAAUGGAGCCGUUCUCAAUAAUAUCGCUCCAGAGGGUAAACAGAAGUAUUUCACGGAAACGAUAAAUGUUGAAAUUUCAACACCGGCUGAUUUUAAGGAUACCUAUUAUGAAAUAGCCACAAUUAAGAAGCCGUUUACAUUCCAGGCUGGCGUCUUGAAAAAGACACGCUACAUUACGGUAACUUCGACCAUUGAAAAGUUCCUAACCAGUGAACCAUCGAUUGAACCGCGCAAUGAUGAUGAGCCCCUUACGGAGAAUAUUUUGGCAGCCACCGAGAAACCUAGCAGCGGCAUUUUGAUGGGAAGUGUUAGUACCUUGGCACCUAUUUACGUUAACAAUGAUUCAUACACACCCUAUUUGGAAACGGUAACCGAAUCGUUUAGUGUUGUCAAUCAAAAACUAAAAACACAAAUUCUGCCUGUCAUAAAUGAGUUACAUAACCUAACAACUUAUCACACUUUGGUCCAGACGAUCGAUAUGACAAGUUUAAUAACCGUGGUUAAGACCACUUCACCCGACAUGGAAACUAAAGAUUUUCAUGGUUUCCAAGAUUUUGUAGGCAAUUUGGAUGAGGCAGGUUCUGAGAUUAAUUUAGAUUUGGAAUUCGGUGAUGAGGGUAAUAAUCAGGAGGCUAGCCAUGAGUCUGGACAUAAACAUCAUUUGGAUUUGGAUGGUUUGGGUCAUGGUAAUAAAACGGCAGCCAUAUUGCCAACCCUUUCCUCGGAUCAACAAAAUCUCCUGCAAAAUGUCAUUACCAAUUCACGGCCUGUCAUUAAAUUGGAAACACAAUGGGAAUCAUAUGUGGUGCCCAUUACAAAUGGACCAUCCACCUUCUAUCGUACGCUCUCCAAGGCAAAGGGUGUUGUAGAGAAGACAGAAUAUGUUGUUGACACCACAACUGUACCAGCACCGAUAUUACCACCGACCACCCUACCAAAUCCAUUCCUAUUGCCACAAUUGCAACAGUUCCAGACCAUCACAACACCCGUUGUACAACAGACAAUUGUUACACAAACUGAGAGUAAGGUUUUGAAACUGACAUUUGGAGCGAAAACCGCCUACACCACAUUGUAUUCGACACAAGUUGUGCCCACUCUGCAGACAACAUAUGUAACGACAUCGGUGCCUGUACAACCCACAGCUAAUCCCUUCCCUGGCUAUUUCCCACCUGCCUAUAAUCCAUUUGCAUAUUUAGGUUAGGAAAAGAAAACAAAAAAAUGAUUGUUUACAGAUAUCGAUACCUAUAGGGAUUUAAAGGCCGAUUUCUUCUUCAUUUCGAACUGCUAAAUUGGACAUUAAUAGUUGGACAUAAAUUGAUCAUAAGAGAGUAGUGUUCCGAAUAAAAGGGUUUCAAUGCAAAUUAUGGUAAAAGUAAACAUGUAGAUGCAUCAGCGCUUAUGUCAAAAAUUUUAAAAUGCUUUUUCAAAAAUAAGCAGAUUUUUAUUUUUUUUUCUUAUACGACGUUAAUCGGAGGUCAUUUUGAUAUGCAUUUUUCAAGAAUUUUAACGAAUUUGAAUAAUUUUUCAUUGAAAAUUGUCAAUUUCAAAAUUGGUUUGACAGUUCAUUGUCCCAUCAGCUGCGUCGAUGCGACUACCUGUAUUCUUCUAUCAUAAUAUAAACAUGACCUUAAAGCACGUUUAGAUUUAUGAAAUUCACUCGAUUUCAAAUGUCAAUUCGGCAGCGUAAACGUCAAAUAACAUCCACUGGAUUUAUAUGGUAGAAGCAAUGGUAGAAGAAUUUAGGUAGACGCAUCGACACAGCUGCUGGGACAAUGAACUGUCAAGACAAUUUUGCAAUUAAAGAUUUUGAAUGAAAAUUUAUUCAAAUUCGUAAAAAUUGUUGAAAAAUGCAUAUCAUAAAAACCUCCGAUUGACGUCGUAUAAGAAAAUCUAUAAAAACCGAUUUAUUUUUGACAAAAUAUUUUAAAAAUUUUGACAUUUCAAUGUUCCCAAGAGUUGAUGCAUCUACCUAUAUUCUUCUGCCAUGCUAUGUCAUGAACGAUUUGAAGUAUAUUUUUAUGCAUUUCAUAUUAAAUAGAUCAUUUCAGAGCCUUAUAUCAUAACUUCAAAAUAUGUUAAAUAUCCGAAUUCCAGCUGAUUUAAACUCUAAAAUAGAAUUUGUUCCAGAACUGCAAGAAUUUUAUGAUGUCAGAAUUUUUUCUUUUAUGAUAUCAGAAAAAAAUUUCGAAAAUAGUAGAUUUUUGCAAGUUCUGGAACAGAGCAAGAAUAUCGGUUACUUUCUCAAUUAUCCAUUGUAUAUGCCUUGGUUCCGAAGCCGCAAAAAAUGUAAAAAUGUUACUACGAUAACCGAUUUUCCUUUAUGUUAUCGAAAAAAGUUUAAAAUACCAAUAGAUUCUUGCCUGUUCUGGAACAGAGCAAUAAAACGUUUUAAUAUAAACCCCCUUCAAACCCUAUAGGUAUCGAUGUAGCCUAUAAUGUACAAUAUUACAUAUAAAUAUUAUCCUUUGUAUUUUCAUCGCGUCCUACAGACGAAAAAUACUUUCCUUUCUUAAUUUACUCACAUGGACUUGUUGGUGGAGACACAUAACCAAAAUUGAAAAGUUGGCAGCAUUGUAUGCAGGUAUUUCUUCAUACAAUGCUGCCAAGUAUUCCAUACUGCUUAUGUGCCUCCAUCUUUAUGAGGAAGUCAGACACAGAAAAUUUUAAUGAAAGGAAAUUUACGAAAAUUGCAAUGUUUGAUUUCUGAGAUUCAGAAUCUCUUAUUAUAAGCAUUUUAUAGGUGUCUGGACACAGCAUAAAUUUACUCCAAGAUGUUUUUAUAUUAUUGAGCUAUCUCAAACAUUUGCGAAACGGCAUCUUAAAAAGAAUUGCCAGAAGCAAAUUUAUUAUGUGACCGGGAAUCUAUGAAAGUUUGUGAAAAAUUGCCCUAAAACACAUAUGUAUUUUAUUACUUUUAAAAAUUUCACACACUCACACACAACAACAACAGCAACAUAAAAUACUCAAUAUUCACAAAUUAUCAUGCAUCUAUUAAAUUCAUUUAUAUACAUAUUUUGUAAAUUUUAUUUUGUUUAAUUUAUUAUUAAAAAGUAAAAAGAAGAGAAUCCUGUAAAUCGAAAACUAAAACUCCACACAAAUCACAUGCAUUCUAACCACCACACAUUUUCAUUAUCACCGACACAUUUUAGCUAUUAAUGUUCUCGUUUUUAUUUUUUGUACAGUUAGCAAUACAAACAGCUAAAUCUACUCCAUAUAUAAAAAAAUUAAAGUUAUAUAUAAAUAUUAAGCAACGACAAUUAUUAUUAUACCAUAAAACUGUAUUGGCUCAAUAAGAAAGUAAAUUGUAACAAAUUGGAUUUAUAUUUCGCCCAAAAUCCGAAUUUAAAAUUUCCAUAAUGUAUUUAUGUAUUUAAUUGCAAUUAUAUGUAUGUAUUUUUUUUAAAUGUUUUUUUUUUGUCAUUGAUUAUUGGAGCUCAAAUUAUUGAAUAAAAUUUUUAUUUGUUGAAAAAUUUAAA